AUGCGGCUCAGGGUGUCUUGGAAGGCACUGGUACUUGCUCUGUUUACUGGAAGCCAGUCGCUGGCGCAAACCACGAUAAAUCUCGACACGCCCUCGUUCACCGUCCAGCUCAAUAGGGAUGCACAAACUCUGUUCUCCCUCAAGCCGAAGGGCGUCUCUGGGGGGUUCGAUUUCGUUCCAUCCGACCAAAUGUCUUUACGGUCUGGAAAUGGACGCUACCAUCUCGGAGACAUCACGUUUCGUGCUCGUCGCGUUGGGUCUAACGCCUGGGUCAGCGCCGAUUCAGCUUCUUCCCGCCGCGCCGUAACUGCUUUAUCCGUGUCAGGGAAUACUUUAGCUGCUGCUGACCUCGCACCAACUCUUCCAUCAAAUUCCCUCUUGAGCGUGACCCGUCGCUGGGUACUGGAGAAUAACCAACUCGAGCUCCUCUUUGAUGUUACGAAUUCUCAAUCUGCAGCUGUUGAGAUCGGAUCCAUCGGAGCACCACUGGAAUUCAACAACAUCUUCACCAGUCGUACUGCUGCACAGACAAACGAGCUAUGCAGUCUGUUUGACCCGUAUAUUGGUCAAGAUGCAGGCUAUGUUCAGGUGACCCCUCUACUAGGAACUCUCCCUCCACUUCUCGUGCUCCCAGUCGGAAAGUCUCCACUUGAGGGUUGGCGAUUCCUUCCCGAAUCCACCUCAGGCGCCCCAAACUACCAAUCUCAGACAUUCGAAGGUCUAUACGAAUGGCAGUUCCACACCCUAGCCUAUGCGCAGAACGAGUGGUCUUCGGUGACGCCAUGGAAUGCGGCUACAUCCGUCACCCUCCAACCGGGGCAAACCCGGACAUAUGGUCUACAGUUCAGGCUCGGGGCAUCCAUUCGUGGAAUUGAAGAUACACUACGAGCUGCCGGUCGUCCUGUAGUGGCUGGCAUCCCUGGCUACAUCCUCCCUACGGACCAAACUGGAAAACUUUUCUUGAACUACGCUUCAGCUGUUCAAUCAAUCUCUGUUUCUCCUUCCGGGGCGUUGUCUUGGGAAGCGAACAGUGAGGCUCGAACUUCAGGUUGGGUUGGGUACACAAUCACCUCCCACACCUUUGGUCGCGCACGUCUGACCAUCACUUACGCUGACGGGACGGUACAAACUGUCCACUACUUCGUGGCUAAUGGAGCAACCCGCACAAUUAGCAAUCUGGGAAACUUCCUCCUCAACAACCAAUGGUUCGUCGACUCCUCAGAUCCCUUCACUCGGUCACCGUCCGUCAUCAGCUACGACCGAGAGGUUAAUGCGAUAGUUAAAAACGACCCCCGCGCCUGGAUCCCAGGCUUGAGUGACGAAGCUGGUGCUGGGUCGUGGCUCGCUGCAGCAUUCAAACAGUUCAUCCAGCCGAACGCCGCAGAACUGGCAAAGAUGGAACAAUUCGUCAACAUCACAUUGCAUGGUGCGAUCCAAAACGCAGAUGUGAACUUCGGUCGCAACAAGACCUUAUGGCCCAUUUUACAGAGUGUCUUCUUUUAUGAACCCGCUCGAGCUCCAGGCUAUGCGUACCCCUCUUCAAUCAACUGGGGUAACUGGUGGAGUUGGAACCGUGCUGCCUCAUAUGCUGUAGAUCGUGCAUACGACUACGUCCACGUCAUCGCAGCAUAUUGGUCGAUGUACCGAGUGGCUCGCAACUACCCUGGAUUGGUGAGAACAACUUGGCAAUGGUACAUCCAACAGGCCGUCCAGACGAUCCAGGCGAUGACUGGUGGACGAGUCGGGUUCGUCAACGACGGGUUAAUGGGGGAGACUGUAAUCCGUUUGCUUCUUGACGACUUGAAGCGGGAAGGAUUGACAGCGAAUGUUACGUUCGUCGAAGGCAGGAUGAGAACCCGCGCGACGACGUGGGCAGGAACUCGUUACCCAUUCGGAUCGGAAAUGGCAUGGGACUCUACCGGCCAGGAGGGUGUAUAUGCCUGGAGUAAAUACUUCGGAAACACCGCAACGGCAACCAAUACCCUCAACUCCAUCCUCGCCUACCAGCCGGGCGUCCCUCACUGGGGCUACAACGGGAAUGCGAGAAGAUACUGGGAUAACAUCUACGGCGGAAAACUCCAGCGAAUCGAACGUCAAAUCCAUCAUUAUGGGAGUGGUCUCAACGCCCUGCCCCUGAUCACUGCAUUUGAGUCGGCCCCAACGGAUUACUAUUUGCUUCGCGUGGGAUACGGCGGCUUAUCCGGGCCACUCUCCAACAUCGACAAUGGCGGUUUCGCGUCUGCGUCCUUCCAUGCAUUCCCGGAUACUUUGAAAUGGGAUGCAUACUCCGGGGAUUACGGACCAAACUUCGCAGGGCUGGCUAUGGGCAUCGGCACUUUCAUCAUCAACCACCCCGACUUUGGCUGGCAAGCAUUUGGAGGAACCGUGACCGCGACCUCCCCUGCUGUCCAAGUUUCCGUCAAGGACCCCGUGCGACGCCGCGUCUUCAUCGCGCCUCUGGCGGCAAUGCUCCAACUCGACGCCGGUGCCUUCUCCACCAUUUCGUAUAACCCCACCGCGAGGACGGUCGACGUCACGAUCGUAUCGGCCGCUGACGGGGCAUCCUCCCCAGCCAGCUCGCCUAACGGGCGGCUCGUCAUCUCCCAGACUGCAACAAUUUCGGGAGUAGGCGUCUUGAGGCCUAGCACCAAUCUCGCACAAGAUGCAGGAGCCUUUGUAGUGCCGCUGUCGGGAGGGACGGGAAGGGUCACCCUCACCCUCUGA